AUGUGCAUAGUCUGUGCUGGUUGUAAAGUAUUAUCUACAUUGCAAUCGUAUUGUACUGGAUUCAUGCCGAAUAUUACUGUAAUUAUUGCACCAAGGACAGAGUUAUCAUCUCGGUCCACAUCUCCUUCUCCGGAUAUUGCUAUUGUUCGUAGCAUACCGGAGAUUUAUGUUCCCAAUGAUAAAUACAAUGAAGAAACACCGAUUCGGCGGAAAAGUCAUGGGAGCCUUCGUCUUCGAAAGCGUGGGGAUACAUCACGUCGAGAUGCUGUUGAAGCCGGAUUUGAGCCAAGAGACGCUGUGCCUAGAUGUCAUUCGACGCAGUCGUUGAGAGACGUACAGCGUGUCCGAUCGUACAACAAUUCACAGUUUCAGGCCAGUGAUCUUUCAUUGAACCCAAACGGAAGUGUUCGGGCGGCCUGUGACAGUACUAGCGGAAGUUUCAUCGCCCCAACAGCCAUCGUUAACCCUGCCCAGCAGAUUACCAGUCGACAGAAUCACUUAAAUCCAAAUCGACAACAUCAUCAUAUGAGUAACGACAAAGAUCUCGUCGCUCAUCACAAAAUCGACGUAGAUCGCCGUCGUAGUCUUCAAGCUUUGAACGGUUCAUCAGCACUCUACCAACUUUCGAACGGAUCGCCCAGUGGAGGAAGAUCUCAGUUUUCACCGUCGGAUCUUGCUGUAAAUUCUCCGAUUCAUAAUGUAGGAAGUCGAGUUCGUGUUGCCAGUGUUAACCAGAUUUGCGAUUCGAGCAGUGCCCCACAGUACAGUAUUGACCAACGCCGCAGUGUUCACAACAUCGGAAACCCAGUAAGGAAUUCAUUUGUCGAUGGAAUAAAAAACACAUCAACACCUAAAAAUCAGGUUAGUUUUUUUUUCCUUGAGAAAACCGUAAAAGCUGAACUUCAAAAUACCAACGGUCGAUUCUUUUUAAAAACGCUUCUAAUCCUUGUGUGGCGGAUGAACAUUUGUUGUUGCGGUGGAGCAAUGAGCAGGUUCUAUACAAAAAUGAUGGAACGGCUGACUGGCGGUUCAACAUCGCCAACGUCAGACCAAAAUGGAAAUAGUCACCAUCUUCCACCAGCGCCCCGUCAUCACUCGUCUCAUCAUCAGAUUGAGACAAUCAGUGGUUCCUCAAAAUUACGGGCACAAUCAGGCAGUCCCGCAUUAAAUAGAAAGAAAAGACCGGAGGUCGCAGUUGCUCCGUUGGCUCACAAGAGUCGACAUUUGAGCGAAUCUCGAGAUGAAAUGCGCACAGAUCGACGUGGAAGCGGUGGGCAGAUGAACCUUCCGGCUUACACGAAUUUCUUGAUGCGUCAUCCAGGAGAAGAACGUCUUGUUGAUGGACCAGUCAACAAUGCUAGUGAUGCCAGGAUCGCUUAUCUGGAGAAGAGAAUCAGAGAACUAGAAUUGGCACAGAAGGAACAACAGAGUACGCACUCUACACCUAAUCAGUCGAGACAUUCUUCAUCCAAAUCGUCACACUUCAAUGGAAGUAUUGGAAUGUCCACAAGUGAACAACUUCGAGUUCAGGAAAUGAGCGAAGAGCUGGCUACAAAGGAACGUAAAGUCACAUCUCUAGAAUCAAAGUUACUGAAGGCUUAUCAAAAAAUUGAACGUCUAAAUGAAGAUUAUCAAGGAAGAAUAAAAGGAUUGAUGUAUGAUUCAGAGAGAGCAAGAGACGAUUUGACUCGCUGUGUUGAGAAGAUUCAUCAGCUGGAGGGCGAAUUGGAUGAAACUCGUGCCGCUGCUCAGAAUGGAGAUCAUACGAAUGAACAAGAGUAUCACGAUCUUCGUGACAAGAUCUGGAAGCAAGAGCGAGAACUUCAGGAGAGCAGAACGUUGUUGACUCGGUUGAGAGAGAAGGAAGCGGAGUUCGAGAGAAUGCGGUCGGAGAAAGGAUAUCUUGAAUUGAAAAAUGAGAAUUUGAACAAGAAGCUUGAAGCGAAAAAGCGAGCUGUUGAAGAAUUAGAAAGAAGUGUAUCAACUCUACGGCUGGAGCAAACCAUCUGUCAACAGUCGUGUUCAUCUGGUUCAACACCAUUGGCUGAUGAGAUGGAGACGAUGUCAGAUAUACGUCCCUCGCUGGCCCGACCGUACACCAAGGCACAUUCUACAUUGGGAUCUAACAACAUGUCUCCACUUUCACAUUCCAAAUCCAGCGGUCUCACCAAAAGUUUCUCGAACUUUGCACUGAACUCGUCGAAACAACGCGACGACAUAACACCGAUGAUGAGUCGUUCGAUUCGUGAACAGAACCGUCACAUAACAAUGUGCCGAGCAAUGGUUGUAUGUCUGAAAGAUACUGUAGAUCGAAUGGCUCGAGGAGAGAAUCCUGAUGUGGCUCGACUUCUUGGAGUCAAGCUGAAUGUAAUGUCUGAAAGUGAAAUGGAUGAUGAAGAAGACCAUGAGGCCGAUGAGUCAAAACCAUUCUCAAUGAUGUCUGCCGAAUCUGCUCUCUCAAAACAAUGUGCAAAACUCGCUGAUCUCGAUAAGGACCUCGAUACGAUUCGGUGUCAACUAGCUGACUGGCAUGGACAAACGAAUGCAGAAGGAGAAGGCGAUCGUGAUGUGUGCCGUGUACAGUAG